AUGGAAAAAAUGGUAAAGGAAUUGGAUGAUGGAGGAGGAAAUGAUUGGUUAAUUACUCGAGAAAAGGGAGAACAAUUAGCUACAAUGUUUGGACCCGAUUGCCAAUUUAAAUGUUUUUCUUUUUCUGCUUUAAAAGCUGAACAGGAAGCAGUUGAAGCCGAAGGGUUAAAUGACAAUACUUUUAUUUUAACGAUAAUUGAUCAACUUAUAAAAAGGGCUGAGGACGUGAAAAGUGGAAGAAGCACCAAAAACAACACCAACAAUUCAACUAAUAAUCAUUUAAGACGACGCAGUAAUUCCCCAACAAAUUUAAAUAGUCGCCGACUUUCCCCUUUAAGCACAAAUUUAAAGAGAAUGUUGCAGGGAGGUACUAAUCAUUUGAAAGGAGGGGGAAAUGCUGUUGUUAAAUUAAUUACAAAGAAGAAAAAUAAUAAUACAAAUGAAGAAAAUAAUACUACAAAUAAUGCUGCUAUUACAAAUGUUGAAAAUAAGAAGACAAGUUUGGGAGGAGUGAGACGACUUUUUAGCAGACAAAAAUCUGAGGAACGUAAUAUCCCAGUGAAAAGUGGAAGUACUCUUUCUCUACCAAAUUCACAACAACAACAAGAAACACAACAACAACAACCAACAGAAAAUGGAAAAUCAAACCCUCCUCAAUCAACAUCUACUAGUAUUUUUGGAAACGCUUAUCGUGCAAUAAUAACAAAUCCAAGAGAACGUUUAAAACAAAGAAAUAAUAAAAUAGCUUCUACAGUCCCUUUAGCUGGAAAUGAUGGUAUUAAAUAA